CUGGUACGUACGCACGCUGGGACGCUUGUACUGUACCUCGUAGUCUCACAAUAACUAUGAUAAACAAAAGUCCAUGCGUUAGAUCAAUCGCCCACGAUAUUCUUAUCAUGCUUCAACGCCAUCGUCUUACUUGCGUUCCACAUCACAGGAAGGAGCAUUUGCGUAGACUGAUCUGUGUCCGUUACAGAUCACGUCGACCAUCAAACCAGGCGGGAACAGAGAAUUUCGCUUACUGACGCUUCGGCUACGCGAGGAACCGUGUGGGAGAAUCAGCAUCAUGCAUGAUUACUCGCCCUUAUUCGCGUCGCUAAGAUUUAACAUGGGGUGAAAGGCAAUACGUACCGAGUACCCAAGUACCCUAACUUACUUCUACUUGUAUGCGUUCGCGUACGAGCCACCAUGUGUCGAAAGCACCAGCACAAGGUUAGACUUUACGAGGAGCUGCUCCAGACUUACGUUGGCUGGUUGGGUCCGCCCCAGGCUCUGUUCGGAACCGUAACACGGAGGGACAGAGGGAUCGCCCAAUACGGGAAUACAUUUUUAGCAUUUGCUGGAGAGAGUAUCGCGCUUUGGCAGAUGUGCAGUGCACUGACUCAAGCUUUCUUCUCCCUCUCUUUCUUCCUUAACUUUUAAUAAGGUUUGUCUUCGCGUCUCGUCUCGUCUUGAUGGUAGGAGGAUGUCGUUCGAAUGCUCGCGCUUGGCGGAUGCCAGAUCAAGAUCAAUCUGUCAGGCCAUUAUGUUCAUACUCCUCCGUACUGCCAUCGCGAUCGUAUUCAAGCACCGAUUUCGCACCGCCUAACCGACGAAAUACACGACACAGCACAAUCCAUCAGUCAUGUCCUGCCUCAAC